AUGGCGAACAAAGCAGAAUCUGGACUUCAGCUUCCUCAUGCUCUACGCUCACGACAAAGGAAGAUUCUAUGUUCAGUUAGAGGAUGAUGUUGUUGCGAAGGCCGGCUACUUCAACAACAUGAAGACCUUCGCCACCCUGAAUGAUUCCAAGCAAUGGCUCUUCCUGGAAUUUUCCCAGCUCGGAUUUAUAGGCAAGAUGUUUCGAACCGGUGACCUCCCGAUGAUUACGGAGUUCUUCCUGAUGUUCCACAAAGACAAACCAGUCGACUGGCUGUUGGAUCACAUCCUGUGGGUGAAAGCUUGCAACCCAGAGAAAGAUGCAGACAAAGACUUUGGAAAGCAGGCUCUGUAUCAGGUUCACAGUAACCCGGCUGCAGAGGUCAGCAGCAGCCUGAAACAUUACCAGCAGCACAGUCUGGAGCGAGCGUACACAGGAAAGGACUUCUUCUGGGCAUUAACACCCAUCAAGAACGACUACAUCCUCUUCAACUUCACCCAGCCCAUCAACAUUACCAG